CUUUGACUACAUUCGCCUACAGCAGCACUGUCAUUGAGAAACAUGGCUGCCUCCACGGGUGCUGCCGAUGUUGCUGCCUCUGACUUACAAGGUCUAGCUUCGGCUGCUCCGAGUAUGGACAACCCGUCCAUUCAGUACAGCAUGAUUCUGGAUCAUCUCAUCGGGGACAAGAGGCCCGUAAAGGACCUGAGCCCCGGCGUUAUGGGGGGACUGCCGGUGCCUUUUAAAAGCGACGAGCAGAAGAUGAUCGAGAGGGGAAUGGAGAGCUGCGCGUUCAAGUCGGUUCUGGCCUGUGUUGGAGGGUUCGUCCUCGGAGGAGCUUUUGGUGUUUUCACUGCUGGCAUCGACACCAAUGUUGGCUUCGACCCCAAAGAUCCUCUCAGAACUCCAACAGCACGAGAAGUCCUCAAAGACAUGGGCCAGAGGGGGAUGUCGUACGCCAAGAACUUUGCCAUCGUGGGUGCCAUGUUCUCCUGCACAGAGUGCGUCAUAGAAUCACACAGAGGUAAAUCUGACUGGCAGAACGCAGUGUACAGCGGCUGUGUAACUGGAGGAGCCAUUGGAUUCCGUGCUGGACUGAAGGCUGGGGUGCUGGGAUGUGGAGGCUUUGCUGCAUUCUCCGCUGCCAUUGAAUAUUAUUUACGGUGAACCACUAAAGAGUGGUUCGAUGGACAUAAUCAAUGCACAUGUGGGCGAGCUCUGUGAGAUAUCCAACUUGUGAAUAUUUACCUGCACAUGGAGGAUUCCUGCAAAAGCAGAACUGAGGUAUUUGGUGGAAGUGACGGUUCCUGUUUGUGCACAGCAGGCUGAAAAAGACCCAUAUGUGUUUCCUAGUGACUCAUUUCUUUUACCAUAUGGACAGUUUGAGCAAAGCCACCCAAGUUCAUGUGGAGAAUCUCCAGACUGUGAGCAGAUUGGAUCAGCUUUUGUGCUGAAGGUAUAAUGAUGAGAUGAAAAUUUCAUAUAGCAUAAUUCAUAAUUUACCUUUACUCUGUGUCACGACCACCUAGAAUCAGACUCAGAUAAAGAACGUUAGUUUGAUGUGUCUACUCAUCUAAUCCGCAUCAAGAUUAUUUAUAUUAAACAUGGGUUUUUUUUUAACUUGUUCAGAGUUUUUCUUCUUGACGUUUCCUAGUGUCCAUGACUACAACAAUCUUUAAUUCCCUUUUAAUAAUAGUGUUGAUUCUACUUCUCUUUUUUUAGACUUCCAGAAAGUAUUUAAUAUAUGUAAAUAUGUUUGUUGUUACUUUAAUUGUGUGGUGAAAUUAUACAAGUUUACAUAGAACAUUGUUUUGUGUUUCCGCCAUGACUGCUGUCCCAGACCCGACGGACCAACAGCCUUUAUAGAGCAAUCCAUGAAUCUGGUGCAGAUGUUUUCAUAAUUGAUGAGUACAACCCAUACAAAAUCACAGAUUUUGUUCUAAAUCAUUGCGUCAUGGGAUUUUUUAAAUGUAAAACUAAUUACUAUAUUGGCAAUAUCUUUCUGUUCGACAAAACUUUCAUUUAACAUCAAGUAGAUACCUCAGACUAUGAAUUAAAUAACCGCUAUGUGCAAUGCAUCUCUAAUUUUGCCUAAUUUCAUGCUUGACUGAUUAAAUAUUUAAAGAAGCCCC